UUGACAACUCUUCGUGUUAAGUCUUUUUCACAAACGUAGUUUUCGUAAUUUUCCUAAUCCACAGUGAAUGAUCAGUUUUUUCAUGUUUCUCAUCACUCCGCGGGAUCUCUGACCUCCCUCUCGUAUUCCCGAGUAGUGCGGUUCUCCAAUAUGUAGCAUUUCGUCGAAAACACAAGGUGUAAUUUAUUGGAAUUGUUAAUACACCAAAAUGGCCGCAAUCGACCCUUCCCGAUAUAAUGAAUUGUGCAGACUUUGUGCCGCAACAACCACAAUGAUUUUAGCGGUCCACAUCUUCCAAAACGACGGAAUUAUAAGCCAGUUACGGAAAAAAAUCGAAUCUUGCCUUUCUAUUCAAGUGCACGAAACCGACGAGCUUCCGAAAAUGGUGUGCGAAAACUGUAUCUACAAACUGAAUUUGUUGGCGGAGUUUAAAGAAAAGACGAUUCUCACGGAAAGAAUGUUAAUAAAUUUGUUGAAGCAGAUUAAUUCUAGUAAGCAGAGCAUGGAUGUUGUCCCAAUGGAGCAUGAGUUGAUAAUGACACAAAACCAGCAGCUUCUGGCCAACCAUGGAAUUGGUGGGGUUGAUGAGAUUGAUUUGGCUCACUUAGGACCAAGAGAGCAGUUGAUUGUGGGACAUGAAAUUAUUUUAACUCAUCAAAGUGUUGAUAUAAAUGGACAUCCACUUGAAAAUAUUAAUUUAAACCACCAUGAACUGACCAAUCAGGACAUUUCUAAUCACAGUUUACAAACGCAGGAUUCAAUUCUGGUAGAAAAUGGGAGUGGACAUGAUAUUGAAAGUGCAAGAUUUGCCAGUGAUAAUUUAGAUUUAAUUCCACAUCAACAGUUAUUGAAUGAGCAGUUUAGAUUGCAACAUGAGUUACAUGUUAAUAUGACUGAUGAAAAUACCGUUGAUGGAAUUACUUUAACAGGUGGUUUAGAUAACACAGUGGUUCACUCAAAGAUGAAUGAUAAUUUGCAACAUGAAGAUACCAACACUUAUCAUAUCCACAAUGAAAAAGACAGUUUGGAUUAUCAUUCGAGUUCUAACAAUUUAAGCAUUAAAUUAGAAUCUCCAAAGCUUGAAGAUAGCAACAGUAAUAAUUCACUCUUAAUUGACGAACGACUGAAUCACGUUAAUGAUUCAGAAAAUCAAAUUUUUAUACCUGAAACUGCAAAUAUUUGUAACCAGUAUCAAAAUCAAAAAGACGACAGUUAUGAAGUGCAUUAUGAAACACAAUUUCAGAAAUGUAAUAUUUGUUUUGCUGUUUUUCCCAAUAAUGAGGUUUUAAAUACUCAUCGAAAAGAGGCUCAUGGAAGUAUAGAGGAAUUUAAGCAAAUUAAAACGCGAUUAAAAAGAGCAACUUUACCGAUAAAAAGUAAAAACAACACCGACAGUAACAGUGACGAUAGCGGUGGCGACUUUGUUGAUGACCUUGAAGACGAUGAAAAUGAAGAUAAACUGCAAAUAGAGGUACCGGAAAAAGGAACCAAUAAGAAAAAAAUAUGGUCACCGAAAGUGUGUACAGAGUGUGGCAAAUCAUAUAAAACAAACUACAAAUUAAAUGAACACAUGAGAAAGCACACUGGGGAAAAGCCGUACAAAUGCAACGAUUGCGAUAAAGAAUUCAGGUCGAAAAUAGGUCUAGCACAACAUGCCGCCAAACACACGGGAAAAUAUGAUUAUUCCUGUUCAAUUUGCGGCAAAGGCUUCCAGUGCAAGAGUUAUUUGAUGGUUCAUCAAAGAGUCCAUUCAGACGAAAAACCGUAUCCGUGUUUGACGUGCGGACGGAAUUUUAAAACCAAACAGUCGCUACUAGACCACACGAAUAGGCAUUUAGGAGUGAAACCGUACACUUGUGAAACCUGCGGACGAGGUUUCAUCACAAAAGGGCUCUGCAAGGCACAUCAGAAGGUGCACACAGGCCUGGAUAACCGGAAAUACUCGUGUAAAGUUUGCAAUAAGAUGUUUGUGUCGAAAAGUUACUUGCAGACGCAUUUGCGGAUUCAUACGGGAGAAAAACCCUUCAUUUGCGAGGUUUGUGGAAAGGGUUUUUUGACUAAGGUAGAUUUGCGAAUUCACACAACGAUGCACACUGGGGAAAAAUCGUACGUUUGCGAGAUGUGUGGCAAGGCUUUUGCUCGAAGAGACGCUUUGAGAUGUCACAGAAGGUCGCAUACCGGCGAGAGGCCUUAUAGUUGCGAUUUGUGUGGACAAACCUUUACCCAGUUUACACCGAUGGCUAUCCAUAAACGUCUCCAUACCGGCGAAAGACCUUACGCUUGUGAAAGUUGCGGGAAAACUUUCGUAUCCAGAUCCACGAUGAUGUCUCAUGCCAAAAAACACAGGUAGAAGCGUCAUUCUCAAUCGAAAAAGACUGUCUAUUUAUUGUGCUGUAUUUUAUCAUUUACAAUUUUAUCUAUUUUUCUUUGGAUCCACAAUACACUUGCGAUUUAUUUGUA